UGUCAACGAUUUGUAUUCAGACGCGGAGAAGCACUCGAAUAAACAAUAUUUGCCACCAUUUAUCGUUGCCCCCUCGGAACACACAGAGGCAGAGACGGCGGCGGCCAGCAAGGAGCCGCAGGUGAAGGAGCAACUGGUGCCCAUGGCCGUUAUCAAAAGUGAUCACGAGCCGAAUUCGGUUAGCAUGGAGCUGGAUAAUCCUUUCUGGAUUUCCGUCAGCGGCUAUCAGCCGGAUUACGCCUAUUUGGUAUAUCGUUUCUUUCUCGAUAUCGGACACAUUGUGGACAAGAGCUUCACAGAAACAAAUAUAAUGUAUCUGAAGUAUUUCUGUAUGAUGGAUUGCGAAAUUGCGCUCAGCUACGAUGGCCAAAAGAUCGGCUAUGGUGGCGAUAUAUACGUACACGUUAAGCCGGAGAAUCCCGUGCUGGAGACCCGAAUCGAACCAACAACAGAAAAUAUUAUGCAGCCAGCCGUAGACGCCGCUGCUAGCGAUGACCCUGAUGUGGGCCUAUCACCAUUAUGUGUUAUCGAUACCGACACAGAGAAGCUGGAGAAGCUAGGGAAGCCAGAGAAACAGCCAAAGGUUGUGAAAAGGGCUGCCGCUUCCAAGCAGGCAAAAGAGAAACCAGAGAAACCGUCACAGAUUGUAAAAGAGUCUGCCAAGCAGCCAAGAGAGAAUCCAAAGAAUAUUCCACAGGAUGUGGUAGAGGCUCUGAAGGAGGCAAACGAGAAACGAGAGAAAUUGCCACAGCUUGUGGAAGAAUCUGCCAAGCUGGUAGAAAAGAAACCAGAGAAACCGCCAAAGAUUUUGGAAAAGGUUGCCGCUCCCAAGUUGGGAAAAGAUCUGAAGCGACAAGUGGCUCGCCGGAAGUUGACUUUUGGGCAAUGGCUAAAGCAUAAGAUAUCCUAUAUAUUUUAUUUUUACUGAUAAACCGUUUUGUUUUUGUUAUUGUAGUUGAAAUUGCAAACUGAUGAACAGCAUUAAAAAUCCAUUUAACGAUGGAAAA